UGUUCCGGAGCUUUGCCAUUUCUGCAACUCGAUCUGGAGGAGACAUGAAAAGUGUCGUUAACAAGGUUGCCGUGUUGGGGUGUGGAAUAUCCGGCGCCGUAUGUGCUUCUGUUCUGGCCAGAAAUGGCGUAUCCGUCACUGUGUUUGAGUCCGGAAGAGGCCCCGGUGGCAGAAUGUCCCAAAGGAGAGAAACUACGGAAGAUGGGAAGGAACUCUUCUUCGACCAUGGUGCUCCUUUCUUUAAUGUCAGUGAUAAUAAUGUAAUGAAUCUAGUCCAUGAGUGGGAAGCAAGAGGUCUGGUUGCAGAAUGGAAGGAAACCUUCAGAUCUUUUGACUGUAUCUCUUGCAAAUUUGUUGACACUGAAAAGGAUGGAUCAGGCAAGAAAUAUGUUGGUGUUCCAGGCAUGAACUCUAUUUGUAGAGCAAUGUGCCAUGAGGCUGGAGUGGAAGCAAAGUUUGGAAUUACUGUUGGGAGAUUGGAGUGGUUGGAUGAUAUAAACUCGUGGUCGUUAAUUAGUUUGGAUGGACAAAAUUUAGGCCAUUUUGAUGGUGUGGUGGCAUCAGAUAAAAAUGCAGUUUCUCCAAGGUUUACAGGUGUCACAAGACGACCUCCACCUUUAGAUUUGUCUUUAUUCCCGGAAUUGGCACUAAAGUUACAAGAUGUUCCUGUGCAUUCAUGUUUUGCUCUCAUGUUGGCAUUUUCAGAACCUUUAACUUCGAUACCUGUUAAAGGCAUCUCAUUCAGGAAUUCUGAAGUUUUAAGCUGGGCCUUUUGUGAUAGUAGCAAGCCAGGGCGUUCUGCCACUAGUGAGUGUUGGGUAUUGCAUUCAACAGCAGCUUAUGCAAAGGCUGUCAUUAGAGAAACUGGUCUUCAGAAACCUUCAAAUGAAGCAUUGACUAAAGUGGUUGAAGAAUUAUUUGAGGAAUUUCAAAACACAGGACUUGAUAUUCCUCAACCAUUCUUCAUGAAAGCUCAUAGGUGGGGUAGUGCAUUUCCGGCUAUGAAAGUUGCCGGAGAGGAGAAGUGUCUCUGGGAUUGGAAGAAGAAGCUAGCCAUCUGUGGGGAUUUCUGUGUGAGUCCAAAUGUCGAAGGUGCAGUACUAAGUGGCACAGAAGCAGCUAAAAAGCUUCUAGAGAUCUUCAGCUGCUUGUGACUAGCAUCAGUACUACUAUGUUUCUGUAAGUAUGGGUAUGUUUUACCUUGGUCAGUCAGCAUGAUUUCUCAUGAAGCUCAGACUAAUGGCAUGUCUGUACAUGUAAAUGUAGAAGUGUGUUUUUAUGUUGAGAAUGGUAGAAGUGCUACAGCUAAUUUUCUUCUUGAUCUCCUUUUUCAGUGUUGUAGAUUCGGCCUAAAACCACAAAAAAAAUGGUUUCAGUUUAAGAUCA